CCUGAGGGACAAGAUUGUGUGCGGAAGUGAUUCACAGUGAGUCUUCCACUGGUGCAACUCCAACUCGGUCAGUUUCUACCAUGCAGAUUUUUUUUACGCACAAGUUCUGACUUAUAGAGACGUGUGUCUAUACUAAAGUCAUCCCAUCUGACGUAAGGCAAAGUUAGUACUUUAAAGUGCGUCACAAUGCAGAGGAAUGCGGGUUUCGGUCUCUCGGAUCUGUCAGAGGAUCAGGAUCAAGCAGAGUCUCAUCCCGAGGCAGCAGCUGGGAGAGCAGGACCGACCUGCACCAACCGGACCGGCCCCAAAUCCUGGUCCGUGGUCGUGCUGUCAGUGCUGGGCUCUGCGGUAGCUGUGGCUGCUGUUGGCUGUGUCUGCGCCCUCAUAUACCCGAUACUCAAAGAGCUGCGGGCAGAGAGAGUGACGGGAGAGGAUGGGGCUGAACACAGGAUGUUGGGUUUCUGGAGUAUCCUGGUGCUGUCACUAAUAGCAGGGUGUAUCUGCUGUGCCUUCUCAUGGACUCUCACCUACCUGGACUCGUACCAGCCCGGCAUGGCGUCGGGAACACUUCUAACUCUGGCCCACCUCAGAGGUGUAUCCGGCCAUCGUCUCCACAUUGGUUAUGGUGUCGCUGUCCUUAAUGGCGUCAUGGGGAUGCUCACUGUCAUCUGGAGCCUCACCUGACACCCAGAUACGCCCUCGGUAGAAGUGCUACUGGGACAUUCUCCACUAUGAAAUUCAAAUAAAAGGUUGCCAUGGAAGGUUUGAUAUUAAGUAUUUGUAGGACUUGUUUUCUAUCAACAGCUAGUUUAAAAAGGGCUGUGGUUGUGUAUGAUUCAGAUGUAUGUAAGAUACGUGUGCCUUUUCCUUUAAGAACACUGGUAUUCAUAAAGGACGAAUGUGCGGUGAGAAUGUGCGCAUCUCACACAGACUUCAGACCAGGCAUACACACAGUUCUCAAGAGAUAGCAUUGUUUGUUUUCCACUUAAAGUUAUGUUCACUGAGAAAGAUGUGUCCUGUCUGUGAUGCAAUAAAGAUAUUUGUUUCUCAACAAAA